AUGGCUCGCUUUGGGGAGGCGGUGGCCGGCAGGCUGGGCUCUGGAGAUGGGGGCUCCGACCAGAACCGGAGCCGACAAGGACCUCCUGCUCCUGCGGGAGGGACCCCGGGAGCCUUCAAGCAAACCAAAGCGCAGAGAGCCCGGACUAUGGCUCUGUACAACCCUAUCCCUGUCCGGCAGAACUGCUUCACCGUCAACAGAUCACUCUUCCUCUUUGGGGAAGAGAACAUAGUCAGGAAAUACGCCAAGAAGCUCAUCGACUGGCCGCCCUUCGAGUACAUGAUACUGGCAACCAUCAUUGCCAACUGCAUCGUGCUGGCCCUUGAGCAGCACCUCCCCGAGGAUGACAAGACGCCCAUGUCACGGAGAUUAGAGAAGACAGAGCCCUACUUUAUCGGGAUUUUCUGCUUCGAGGCUGGGAUUAAGAUCGUGGCUCUGGGAUUUGUUUUCCACAAGGGAUCGUACCUGCGCAAUGGCUGGAAUGUCAUGGACUUCAUCGUGGUCCUCAGCGGCAUCCUCGCCACUGCUGGGACGCACUUCAACACCCAUGUGGACUUGCGGACGCUGCGGGCCGUGCGCGUGCUCAGACCUCUGAAGCUCGUCUCAGGCAUUCCCAGCCUGCAGAUUGUGCUGAAAUCCAUCAUGAAGGCCAUGGUGCCUCUCCUCCAGAUCGGCUUGCUUCUUUUUUUUGCUAUCCUCAUGUUUGCCAUCAUUGGCCUGGAGUUCUACAGCGGGAAGCUGCACCGAGCCUGCUACACAAACAAUUCAGGUGAACUAGAGGAGCUGGACCCCCCCCAUCCAUGCGGGGUGCAGGGUUGCCCCCCAGGCUACGAGUGCCGGGAGUGGAUCGGUCCCAACGAUGGGAUCACGCAGUUUGACAACAUCCUCUUUGCUGUGUUGACUGUCUUCCAGUGCAUCACCAUGGAAGGGUGGACCACAGUCCUGUACAAUACCAAUGAUGCCUUAGGAGCCACCUGGAACUGGCUGUACUUCAUCCCCCUCAUCAUCAUUGGAUCCUUCUUUGUCCUCAACCUUGUCCUGGGAGUGCUGUCAGGGGAGUUUGCCAAAGAGCGUGAGCGAGUAGAGAACCGCCGAGCCUUCAUGAAGCUGCGACGCCAACAGCAGAUCGAGCGGGAGCUCAACGGCUACCGGGCCUGGAUAGACAAAGCGGAGGAAGUCAUGCUGGCUGAAGAGAACAAAAAUGCUGGGACCUCAGCCUUAGAAGUGCUCAGGCGAGCCACCAUCAAAAGGAACCGGACAGACACCAUGAACCGUGACUCGAGCGACGAGCACUGCGUCGAUAUUGCCUCCGUGGGUAACCCCUUGAGUCACUCUGGCCUCAAAGGCGCCAGAGUGGAUGGUGCCUCCUACUUACGGCACAAGGAGCGACUCCUGCGCAUCUCCGUUCGGCACAUGGUGAAAUCCCAGGUCUUCUACUGGAUCGUCUUGAGCCUGGUGGCUCUCAACACUGCCUGCGUGGCCAUUGUCCAUCACAACCAGCCAGCCUGGCUCACCCACUUCCUCUACUAUGCAGAGUUCCUGUUUCUUGGGCUCUUCCUUCUGGAGAUGUCCUUAAAGAUGUACGGGAUGGGGCCGCGCCUUUACUUUCAUUCUUCCUUCAACUGCUUCGACUGUGGGGUCACAGUGGGAAGCAUCUUUGAAGUGGUUUGGGCUAUCUUCAGACCAGGAACCUCUUUUGGGAUCAGUGUCCUACGAGCCCUUCGUCUUCUGCGAAUAUUUAAAAUAACCAAGUACUGGGCAUCCCUGAGAAAUUUGGUGGUCUCGCUGAUGAGCUCCAUGAAGUCUAUUAUCAGCCUGCUCUUCCUCCUCUUCCUCUUUAUUGUAGUCUUUGCCCUGCUGGGAAUGCAGCUGUUUGGAGGCAGGUUUAACUUCAUCGAUGGGACACCAUCGGCCAACUUUGACACUUUCCCCGCGGCCAUCAUGACAGUGUUCCAGAUCCUGACGGGUGAGGACUGGAACGAGGUGAUGUACAACGGCAUCCGCUCCCAGGGAGGCGUUCGCUCAGGCAUGUGGUCCUCCAUCUAUUUCAUCGUCCUCACCUUGUUUGGAAACUAUACUCUGCUGAAUGUGUUCUUGGCCAUUGCGGUGGACAACCUGGCCAACGCUCAGGAGCUCACCAAGGAUGAACAGGAGGAAGAGGAGGCCUUUAACCAGAAGCACGCCCUUCAGAAAGCCAAAGAAGUCAGCCCUAUGUCCGCCCCAAACAUGCCUGCUAUCGAAAGAGACAGGCGAAGGAGACACCACAUGUCGAUGUGGGAGCCACGCAGCAGCCACCUGCGGGAGCGUCGCCGGAGGCACCACAUGUCGGUGUGGGAGCAGCGCACCAGCCAGCUGCGCCGGCACAUGCAGAUGUCCAGCCAGGAGGGCAUCAACAAGGAUGAGCCGCCCCUCAUCAACCCCCACGCCAGCAUCUUCCGCAGGAAGAAACCGGGGGAUGGCGUCGCCGUGGAAAAAUGUGCCGAGGAACAGGGCGGCAAGGGCGAGCGGCCACCGGCCGAGGGACCCGAGCAGCCGGCCCCAGGAGCCAACCCUGGCGGUGGCGAGGACAAAAGGAGCCCGUCGCCACGGGCCAAGCGAGACAAGGAGCCGUGGCACCAGAAAUCGUGCCAUGGGAACUGUGAGCCUGGCGAGCAGGAUGGGGCAGGAGGCGGCAUCGAGGAUAGGGCCAGGAUGAGGCAGAGCCAGAGGCGCAGCCGGCACCGCAGAGCCCGGACGGAGGGGAAGGAGCCAGCUGGCGCCCUGGGGAGCCGCUCAGCCAGCCAGGAGAUGGGUCUGGAAGAAGCCAGCCCCACGGAGGGGGCACAGGAUGGGGACCGGCGCGGGGACGAGGCCGCAACGGAGGUGCUGAUUCAGGGGGAGCCUGAGGCGAGUGGAGAAUCUGUCAGGACAAAUGGGGUCCUUGCCGGCGAUGCUGAGCUGGUCGGGACCACCGAGGAGAGGAGCCCUCCGCAAGCAGCACCCGAGCCCCCCCGAGGGAAAACGGGCAGCCUGACGGAGCAGGACUGCAGCAGCCUAGACACCAGCGAGCAAGCACUGCUGGAGGCCAGCCGCAGUGUCAGCCGGAGUGAGCCCGACCUCUCUUCCAUCACCCCCAACACUGAGAAGGCCACGGAGAGCACCACCAUCAUGAUCGAUGUCCACGACUCCGCUGUGGUACAGAUUAGCAACAAGACAGACGGCGAAGCCAGCCCCUUAAAGGAGGCCGAGACCAAAGAGGAUGAGGAGGAGAUGGAGAAGAAGAAGCGGAAGAAGGAGAAAAGCGAGACGGGCAAAGCGAUGGUGCCGCACAGCUCCAUGUUCAUCUUCAGCACCACCAACCCGGUGCGGAGGGCUUGCCACUACAUCGUGAACCUGCGCUACUUCGAGAUGUGCAUCCUCCUGGUGAUCGCCGCCAGCAGCAUCGCCCUCGCGGCGGAGGAUCCCGUCCUCACCAACUCCGACCGCAACAAAGUCCUGAGGUAUUUUGACUAUGUCUUCACUGGCGUCUUCACCUUCGAGAUGGUUAUCAAGAUGAUUGAUCAGGGCUUGAUCCUGCAGGAUGGCUCCUACUUCCGAGACCUCUGGAACAUCCUGGAUUUCAUCGUGGUGGUGGGAGCGCUGGUGGCUUUCGCCUUGGCGAAUGCUUUGGGGACCAACAAGGGCCGGGAUAUCAAGACCAUCAAGUCUCUCCGUGUGCUACGGGUCUUGAGGCCCCUGAAAACCAUCAAGCGACUGCCCAAGCUGAAGGCCGUCUUCGACUGUGUUGUGACUUCCCUCAAGAACGUCUUCAACAUCCUCAUCGUCUACAAGCUCUUCAUGUUCAUCUUUGCUGUCAUUGCUGUCCAGCUCUUCAAGGGGAAGUUUUUCUACUGUACUGACAGCUCUAAGGACACAGAGAAGGACUGCAUAGGGAACUACGUGGACCACGAGAAGAACAAGAUGGAGGUGAAGUGCCGGGAGUGGAAACGCCAUGAGUUUCACUACGACAAUAUCAUCUGGGCUUUGCUCACCCUGUUCACAGUCUCCACUGGCGAGGGUUGGCCCCAGGUGCUGCAGCAUUCAGUGGAUGUGACGGAGGAGGACCGCGGGCCCAGCCGCAGCAACCGCAUGGAGAUGUCCAUUUUUUAUGUCGUCUAUUUUGUGGUCUUCCCUUUCUUCUUCGUCAACAUAUUUGUGGCUCUCAUCAUCAUUACAUUCCAAGAGCAAGGAGACAAAAUGAUGGAGGAGUGCAGUCUGGAGAAGAACGAGAGAGCCUGUAUUGACUUUGCCAUCAGCGCCAAGCCCCUCACACGGUACAUGCCCCAGAACCGGCACACCUUCCAGUACCGGGUCUGGCACUUUGUGGUCUCCCCAUCCUUCGAGUACACCAUCAUGGCCAUGAUAGCAUUGAACACUGUGGUGCUGAUGAUGAAGUACUACUCUGCUCCAUACACCUAUGAGCUGGCCCUGAAGUACCUGAACAUCGCGUUCACCAUGGUGUUCUCCUUGGAGUGCGUCCUCAAGAUCAUCGCUUUCGGCUUCUUGAAUUAUUUCCGGGACACCUGGAACAUCUUUGACUUCAUCACCGUCAUCGGCAGCAUUACGGAGAUCAUCCUGACGGACACCAAGCUGGUGAACACCAGCAGCUUCAACAUGAGCUUCCUGAAGCUCUUCCGGGCUGCUCGGCUCAUCAAGCUGCUGCGCCAGGGUUACACCAUCCGCAUCCUGCUCUGGACGUUCGUGCAGUCCUUCAAGGCCCUCCCCUACGUCUGCCUCUUGAUCGCCAUGCUUUUCUUCAUCUACGCGAUCAUUGGGAUGCAGGUUUUCGGCAAUAUCAAACUAGAUGAGGAAAGCCACAUUAACCGGCACAACAACUUCCGCAGCUUCCUGGGCUCCCUCAUGCUCCUGUUCAGGAGUGCCACGGGAGAGGCAUGGCAGGAGAUCAUGCUGUCCUGCCUGGAGGGCAAAGGCUGUGAGCCGGACACGACGGCGACGUCCGGGCAGAACGAGAAUGAGCGCUGUGGCACUGACCUGGCCUACGUUUACUUCGUCUCCUUCAUCUUCUUCUGCUCUUUCCUGAUGCUCAAUCUGUUCGUGGCGGUCAUCAUGGACAAUUUUGAAUACCUGACUCGGGAUUCCUCCAUCCUGGGACCUCACCAUCUAGAUGAGUUUGUCCGGAUCUGGGCCGAGUAUGACAGAGCAGCGUGUGGCCGAAUCCAUUACACUGAGAUGUAUGAAAUGCUGACUCUUAUGUCACCACCGCUAGGCCUCGGCAAGAGAUGUCCUUCCAAAGUGGCCUAUAAGAGACUGGUGCUGAUGAACAUGCCCGUGGCUGAGGACAUGACGGUCCAUUUUACCUCCACCCUGAUGGCUCUGAUACGCACGGCCUUGGACAUCAAAAUUGCCAAAGGUGGUGCAGAUUGGCAGCAGUUAGACUCCGAGCUUCAAAAGGAGAUCCUGACCAUUUGGCCUCACCUGUCCCAGAAGAUGCUUGACCUGUUGGUACCCAUGCCAAAAACCUCUGACCUGACUGUGGGCAAAAUAUAUGCAGCCAUGAUGAUCAUGGAUUACUACAAGCAGAGCAAAGCAAAGAAGCAGCGGCAGCAGCUGGAGGAGCAGAAAAACGCCCCUAUGUUCCAGCGCAUGGAGCCGUCCUCUUUGCCGCAGGAAAUCAUCUCGAACGCAAAGGCUCUGCCUUACCUCCAGCAGGACACCCUCUCGGGCCUGAGCAGCCGGAGCGGGUUCCCCUCGCUGAGCCCGCUCUCACCGCAGGAGAUCUUCCAGCUGGCGUGCAUGGAUCCGGCCCCCGGGCAGUUCCAGGAGCACCAGUCUCUGGAGCCAGAGGUUAGGGAGUUUCAAAGAGUGCAGCCCUCUAACCGUGGCAGCUGCCUUCCCGUGGACACUCAGGACCACGCUGUCUCUGGGAGGGCCUCCUCCAUGCCUCGUCUCACUGUGGAUCCCCAGGUGGUGACGGACACCAGCUCGAUGCGGCGAUCGUUUUCCACCAUCCGGGACAAGCGGACCAACAGCUCCUGGCUGGAUGAGUUCUCCAUGGAACGCAGCAGCGACAACACCUACAAGUCCCGCCGGCGCAGCUACCACUCCUCGCUCCAGCUCUCCGCCCGGCGCCUCAACGCUGACUCGGGCCACCGGUCUGACGGGCAUCGCUCGGGCGGCAGAGAGCGGGGCCGAUCCAAAGAGCGCAAGCACUUGCUGUCCCCCGACAUCUCCCGCUGCAACUCUGAGGAGAGGAGUCCCCAGGCGCACGACGAGUCACCGGAGCGGCGGCGCGAGUCCCGGUCACCCAGCGAGGGCAGGUCGCAGACACCCAACAGGCAGGGAACGGGCUCCCUGAGCGAAAGCUCCAUCCCUUCCAUCUCGGACACCAGCACCCCCCGGCGAGGCCGCCGCCAGCUCCCGCCAGUGCCCCCCAAGCCACGUCCCCUCCUCUCCUACGCCUCCAUGCUGCGGCACGCUGGAGACGCCUCGCCACCCGCCGAGGAGAGCGAGGGGGGGUCCCCGCUCCUCUCCUCCACCCUGGAGCCCAACGCUGCCGGCCUGACCGAGUCUUCCAGCUCCCCAGCGGGGAAGCAGAGCCGACAGUCCACCCCGCAACGCUACAUCUCGGAGCCCUACCUGGCCCUGCACGACGACUCGCAUGCCUCAGACUGCGGUGAGGAGGAGACGCUCACCUUCGAGGCGGCCGUCGCCACCAGCCUCGGCCGCUCCAACACCAUCGGCUCGGCCCCGCCGCUGCGGCACAGCUGGCAGAUGCCCAACGGGCACUACCGGCGGCGGAGGCGAGGAGCAGGGCAGGGGGUGAUGUGCGGGGCCAGCAUCGAUGUGCUCAGUGACACCGAAGAAGACGACAAGUGCUAG